UGCAUGGAGCGCGAGCAUAUCACGAAACUUUGAUUGAAAUCGUAUUGAUUUGAGUGUAUUGUUGCUUAUUGUUCACAAUGUACCUAUUAGUUGCAACUUCUAAUGUAUUUUCACUUCUAAUGUAUUGUAGUUAAAUGAUUAAGGAUCUACAUUAACUGCUCAUUGUAGCAUAGGCGAAUAGUGUUUGUUAGUGACAUAUUAAUUAAGUUAAAUAAAAUGUUAUCAUAAAACCUUCAUGUACUGUAACUUGCUUUAUAGUGACAUGCAAGACACUUGAUGUAAAUGAUUUCAGGGAAGAGAGUAUCAUGUAAUCAUUAAAGAGUUUCCGUCACUGGUGUGGCCCAUUUGGACUCGUCUAUAGCCUAAGCUUUAAAGGACUCAUUUCCGACAGCAGCCGUUAUCAGACUGAGGUGUCGGAAUGCAGCAGCCAUUCUUCAAAUUACUGUGUCAAACUUUUAGGUAUAAAAGAGCUUGAGGCUCUACUGAGUGUAUACAGACAACGACACAGAGAAGACAGAAGAACAGCAAAAAGAUCAGGAAACAUGAAAUCGCUUGACAUUCCUCUAGUCGGCCUUCUCUUACUCUUCAGCGUUCACUUCACGGGCGCAUUCCCGCUGCAAAACACGGAGGACAUGGAUGUCUUAAAGCUUCUUCUACAGCGACUGGAAGAGUCCAUUCCUGCUUCUUCUCAAGACCAGAUACUGUCGAAAGGAAAAGAAGGGGCGGCAAAUCUUGAAGAAACCCUCGUUGAACCUCAUCCUAAGACUGACAUGAGAGACUAUCUGUCUGCUCGGGACUUGAGAACAGUCCGACAAGACUCCAAGCGAUACUCCGGGUGUUUCGGGAGCAAACUGGACAGAAUCGGUUCCAUGUCGUCCCUGGGAUGUAACACUGUCAGGCGGUCAGGUCCUAAGAAGUCUUAAUGAUCAUAAACUUCUACACUGUAAACAUUGAAACUGUGCAAUUGUUAUUUUACUUGAUCUGACCUUACAAUGACUUUUGUUGGCGUAACCUAAUGUAUUCAGGUUGAUUCAGUCAUACUAAAUAAUGAUGUUGACUUGAACAAAAAACAAACAAAAAAAAUGUUACCAUUUGAAGCACAUUUUUAGGUUACCCGACAAAAUAUUGUUUAAUGUUAUUAUCUGCGACAGACUCCAACAAUUGUUCUUAACUAUAUUUAUUUCGAUAUUUAUUAAAUUAUUUAAAUAGUGGAGUUAUAUAUUUAUAUGCAUCUUUAAUUUAAUUGUCAGUUAAAUCAGUUGUACAU